AUGAAAUCCUCGGCUAAGGAAUGGGUAGAAUGUUGCCCAGUCUGCCAAGCCAACCGAAGGGCUCACGCACCAGUCAUCGCUCUUAAACCCUUGGAAGUUCCCCCGUUCCCGUUCCACACCAUCUCGUAUGACUUCAUCACGGGCUUUCCCAAGUCACAGGGCCACGAUGCCAUCUUAGUGGUAAUUGACUCAUUCUCCAAGUUUGGGCACUUCAUCCCUACGUCCAAAAAAGUAACCGCCAAAGGCCUCGCAGAUCUGUUCAUCACCCACAUAUGGAAGUUACACGGGUUACCAGUCAAAACUAUCUUGGACCGCGGUACCACUUUCACAGGGAAAUUCUUAAGAGCCCUCUACGAGCGGCUUGGAGUCAAACCAGCGUUCUCCUCCGCGUAUCACCCGGAAUCAGACGGACAAACAGAAAGGGUGAACCAGUUCAUUGAGUUCUACCUCCAAUCCUAUGUAGCCGCCGAUCACUCGGACUGGGCCACUUGGUUACCUUUGGCUGAAUACGCAUAA